AUGAGCUUCGCGGGCAGACCCCAAUCGACGCCUAAAAAGGCGCAUCGCAGGAGAAACCUACCUAUCUACCAUUGCUGCAUCGGAAAGAUGGAGAGUGGCGACCUGCACAAUGCAACGAAGAAUGUCGAUAUGAUGUCUCAGCGAGAGAAGAGAAAAUUCUUAAGUCGCCUGAUUCAAGAAAACUUUUCCCAAAGCCGUCAAAGUUUCUCUUACAAAGGAAUCUCCCUCUGCACUCUAUGUUGCCUCACCCUGUUUAAUGUCAUUGAAAAGGAGUGGAAAAAGCUUCAAAAGAAGAAGCCAGGACUUCUCCUCCGGCGCCAAAGGCGAAAGCCGAAAGAAGAAAUUGCUGAAGCAUGGUUGAGGAACUUCUUGGAUCAUGCUGGACAACACUCACCAUGCCCUACAAAUAAGAUAUACGUGCAGGGAUACACCGCACGAAUGAUUCAUCGUGAAAUGGUUCAACAUAUGACAACGAAGGGCUGGGAUCCAAAGAAAAUUCUUCAGUGCACAUCUUUCACGCUGCUUUUGAAGAAGCUUCGGAUUUCUCUCGGGAAACCAAACGCCUUUCUCGGCUGCAAUACAUGCAGCGAGUUGAAGAAAAGCAGAAACUCUGCCAAAGACGCGAAAGACAAGAAAUCGGCGGUGGAUCUCCUCACUGAACACCUCAGGAUAGCGAAGGUUCAACGGGCCAACUACCAAAAGCACAAGCUCCUUGCUAUGGAAGGUGAGAGCUGGAUUACUUUGGUAGUUGAUGGGAUGGACCAAAGUAAAACCAACGUUCCCAGAUUCCGAGUGGAGGACAAGAAGACUGCAGCAUUGCCAAAGCUCAUCACUCAUAUCACAGGGAUCAUGGCAUACACAUCCCAAGGCAUUCGAGAGUUUGCUUAUGUGGACAUGUCCCAGUUUCCUCAUGACUCCAACCUCUGCGUUGAGACAAUCCUCAGAUCACUCAUGCAUCUGAAGCAAGAACUUGGAAGAAAGCUUUUCGUGCAAAUGGAUAACUGCGCCAGAGAAAAUAAAAAUAGGUACACGUGUGCUCUCGCACAUCUUCUCGUAGACACUGACAUAUUUGAAGAGGGACGAAACAUGGCUCUUCACACUGAGGAAAUAGAUAUUGUGCAUAAUUUCAAAUCUGUGAUUGAGCCACAUCUCCCACGUCACUUUAAGGGGCAAUCCAAGCCGCUUGGGUUCCGAUUUCGAAAGCUCAAUGGCAUCACACAGAUGUUCGUCCGAAAACACGCUGAAGAAGAAUGGUGUCCAAACGAGAGAGAUGUCCAAUAUGAGAAGACAUGUCUUGGCCCAGAUCUUGGAUACUUGUGCCUUAAGUCGAAGCCAGACCUCGAGGCCUUCUCAAUAUUGACUCCUCCAGACUGGGAAAGGUGCGGUCUGAAAGAUGUGAAGAACUACAUUCCGAGCUACUUUCCUCGGAUGGAUGGAGACAUCAUACAAGCGUGGGAAAACUUCUCCCCAGACACACGACUGUUGCCGAUCAUUGGACGAGUGGCAAGUCGCAGAGAAGGCAUUUUUUUCCGGAACUCAGGAUCUCCGCCCAGGUAUCCUUGCCGCGGUAUAUACAGAGGAAGCAUCAAGACCGUGGCUGGGGCAAAUCAAGAAAGUGGAUGACCAGGAAUUAGAGAUUCAUUGGUAUGAGGGAAACUACCAGACGUCAUGGAGACCAAUGACAGGG